AUGUCGUCCAAUGAAGACCUCACCAUUCUUCUCACCAUGACCUCGACCUACACCAUCAGUACAUCUCUGUCAUCCACGCCUCCGGUGGGCAUCACCACCAUCACCAGCAUCUACACCAAGCAGCUCGUGACCCUGGCCACCCGCACCUCCACCUCCACGCAGUCUCUCCCAUCUCCAUCACAAAGUACCAGCUAUCUGGCAGGGCCUUCUGUGACAGCGUCCACCACGUCAAAUUCCACGUCAAACACCAUGUCAAACACCACGUCAAAUGUGCCAUCACCACUUGCCAUGCCUGAGCCCAAAAAAGUCUCCAACUCGCUCACACUUGGGCUAUCAAUUGGCAUCCCCGUAGCUAUCGUGUCGCUCUUCGUGUUGGUACUGGUGGGGCUUUUUAUGUACAAACGAACCAAAUCAAGCCUGUUUUCUCCACAAAAUGAUAAAAUGAAAUCGGAAAAUCCGUACCUCCAGAUAGAGUCGUUGAAAAACCACACCACGCUGGAAAGCUCGCUAGACCACAAACCACAGCCCUUGAACUUAGUCCAGGACCCUUCUCGGAGCCUCAAACGCCAGUCAAUCAUGUACUACGUAAAAGAUAGACUCAGUCGCCAUUUUAAGGACGACGACUUGGAGUUGGGCUCGCUUCCCAAGGCCGGAAUCUCUCCUAUGCUCCUCAAGAAAUUCAAGCUCCGUGCUCGAGAGAAUGGCCUGGAGGGCUAUGAAGAUACUGGCCCGCUUUCCCGAAGUCACAAGCUCAAUUUAGUUUCAAUUGUGAGCGAAGAAAAGCCGUCGAAACAGUGCAUGGUAAAAAGACCUUACACCAAAAAGCUUGCGGACGAACUCAGUGUGGAGGUGGGUGACUUUGCCGUGUUGCUAGCAGAGUAUUCCGACGGAUGGUGCCGGGUGCGUCGCGGGGAUGUGGAGGGAAUGGUGCCCCAAGUAUGUUUGACAAGCUUAUAA